GUAACUGCGAAUCCUCCACUGUCUGUGUCUCCUCUUAGAAAAAGUAGUAACUCAGCCACAAGUUAUCAUGACUUAUGAAAGAUGUGGACCUUCCUGGGAAUAGCGAGUUUCACUUACCUGUAUAAGAAGUCGGACACAGUGUGGAGCUUUGCCCACAGGGAGCUGCUUGUGGCCGCAGUGUUGUUCCUCACAGCCGGGCUCUUGCUCUCCUACAUCAGAUACCGUCAGGAGCACAAACUGCGGCUCCGUCAGCUCCUCACUUUCCCUCUGAGUCUCCUCUCCUUUGUCCCCGUCAUCAACCACUUCAUCCCCCAAACCUCAGCACAGAGGAGCGGCAGUCAUCCAGAGGAGACAUGCAGGAAGAGCCGGAGAAUAAGGAAAAGAGCAGAUGCAGAGAUCUCUGCUGCCACAGGAAGUGCCUCAGCCAGUGGCUCCACAGUGGAUCAGGAUCCCGACGUGGUGGUAGUAGGGGCCGGAGUCCUGGGAUCGGCAAUCGCAGCUGUGCUGGCGCGAGACGGCAGGAAGGUGACCGUGGUAGAGAGAGAUCUGAAGGAGCCUGACAGAAUCGUUGGGGAGCUGCUGCAGCCCGGAGGAUACACGGCACUGAAAGAGCUCGGCCUGCAAGGGUCAUUGGAGGGUUUGGACGCUCACGAGGUCAAGGGCUACGUGAUCCAUGACCUAGGGAGCAGCACCGAGGUGGAGCUUUCUUACCCACAGCAGGAGGAGAACAUCAAGAGUGGCUGGGCGUUCCAUCAUGGUCGAUUCAUCAUGGGCCUGAGGAGAGCUGCCCUCGCCGAGCCAAAUGUCACAUUCGUAGAAGGCACCGUGACCAGUUUGCAGGAGGAGGACGGCAGCAUCACGGGAGUCCAGUACAAGGACAAAGAAACCGAAGAGAUCAAGGAAAUCUGUGCAGCGCUGACUGUGGUGGCGGACGGCUGCUUCUCCAAAUUCAGAAAGAGUCUGGUCUCAGGGAAAGCUCGCGUCUCCUCUCACUUUGUCGGAUGCCUGAUGAAGGACUGUCCUCAGUUUAAAGACAACCACGCUGAGCUGGUGCUGGCCGACCCCAGCCCGGUGCUCAUCUACCAGGUCUCCUCCUCACAGACCAGAGUGCUGGUGGACAUCAGGGGCGAGAUGCCACGCGACCUCUCCGGCUACAUGAGUGAGAAGAUACACCCACAGCUGCCAGAGCAUUUAAAGGAGCCUUUCAUGGUGGCGCUGCAGAAUGAUCGACUCAGAUCCAUGCCCGCCAGCUUCCUCCCGCCCUCCCCCGUCAAUAAACCAGGCGUUCUGCUCCUGGGCGACGCGUACAACAUGAGGCAUCCUCUGACGGGAGGCGGCAUGAGCGUGGCGCUCAACGACGUCCGCAUCUGGAGGAACCUGCUCAGUAACAUCCCCGAUCUGUACGACGACAGAAACAUGUUGCAGGCAAAGAAAAAAUUCCACUGGGAGCGAAAGUCAUCACAUUCCUUUGUGGUGAAUGUUUUGGCUCAGGCUCUGUACGAGCUGUUCGCAGCCACUGACGAUUCUCUUCACGAGCUGAGGAAAGCAUGUUUCCAGUAUUUCAAGCUGGGCGGAGAGUGCGUCGCCGGACCUAUCGGACUUCUCUCAGUGCUGACACCCAGACCCAUGACCCUUAUCGGACACUUCUUCGCCGUGGCUCUGUACGCAAUCUACGUCAACUUCAAGCGCGAGUCGUGGUUGACCAAACCUCGGGCUUUAUAUAAGAGUGGAGCCAUCCUGUACCGAGCCUGCACAGUCAUGUUUCCGCUCAUCUACUCUGAAUUCAAGUACCUGGUGUACUGAAGAGAAUCCGGACUCAGCCUCACUGUAACGUCUGAACACAUGUACGACUUGGGACCUGGGACAAAAACACAAACUGGUAUUUGGUGAUUUUUUGUGUGUUUGCCUUCUUGCUGUUGCCAUGCAAAACAUAUUUUUGCUACUGAGGAUUUUCUACGCUGUACCGCUGUCUGUCUUACUUUAAAGGGAUGCCUCACUACCUGUAAUGACAUUUUAAAUCUGAAGCACAUAAAAGCAAAAGCAAGCUCUUACCACAACAAUCACACUUUUCCAAGUUGAAAUUUCCAGCCUUGUAUUGCUGAGCAAAUUGCCUGCAGCACUUUUUCAAAGUCAUUAUUUCAUGUUUGGAGGUGGUUUCCUCUGCCUUCCUAUUGUUGUGUCUUUGCACACCUUGUGUUUUCAAACUGACUGUGCACUUAAAUAUGACAAAACGAUCAUCCCCCCGGAAUCCAAGAAUGGUCACGGUGCCUCACUGGUCCUGCUGCAAGUCAGCAAAGACCUGACGCAGUACUGUACAUCGCUCGAGGGAGAUUUGAGUGGAACCCGAGUCAGACGACAUAAAAGCUUGUGUCAGCAGAUGAUGCGGGAGUGUUGUUGCUUCACUUCAGCUGAUGGAGACAAGGAGCUGCUGCUGAAACUGUCAUGUUCACAUGUGCUUGAUUAGCCUUUAAAUAAAUGACAUGACAUAACGUUAAUUCACGUUUUUUUUAUUAUUAUUAUUUUUAACAGCAGACUUAGCUGUACAAUCUCCAGAAUCACAAGAGAAGAAGAGUCAGCUGCUGGUCAAGAAGUACCAUGUUAUAGUGAUUUAACUGACUCGACUCUACCAUUAGAUGGCACUCACUCACAGUGAAAGGAGUUUGCAGUGAGGCCUCACUCAGAUCACCUUCAUGAACAUUUUUGCCUCUCAAUAAACUGGAGUAAAUCAC